AUGCGUCUUUCUCUCUCGCGGCUUUCGCCGAGAGACCUCAAGCCAUACGCAGCCGAAUUCCUCGGGACCGGGUUGAUAAUUGUCAUCGGUGACGGUGUGGUCGCCCAGGCUUUGCUUUCCGACUACCAGUAUGGCACCUGGCUUUCUAUUAACCUGGCCUGGGCGGCGGCAGUCUGCUUGUCCGGCUAUCUAGCCACUCCCAGUCCGGCCUGCAAUCCAGCUAUUUCUAUCAUCAUGGCCUUGAUCCGACCGCAGCCUGACCAGUGGAAGAAAAUUCCAGGCAAGUUGCUUGCUCAGUUCUUGGGAGGCUUCGUGGGCGCUCUCCUCGUUUACAUCAACUACCGUUCCGCUAUCUUGGCCUGGGAUCCUGAGUACACAAUCCCGGGAGGCUCGAUCCUGAGUCCUCGAGGCCAUCACUCGGCCGGGAUCUUUUGCACCUAUCCGGCCGCUUUCUUUUCUUCGAACUGGGAGGCCGCCUUUAACGAAGUGCUGGGGGCGGCCGUGCUCAUGUUUGGUGUCCUGAGUGUGUCCGACCCUGCCAAUGCGCAUCGCUUCCAGUCGCCUCAGCUCUCGAUGUUCCUGCUCCUCGUUGCCAUUGGCGCUGCUUUGGGCUGGCAGACAGGUUACGCGAUUAACCCGGCCCGUGACUUUGGUCCACGGCUCUUCUCGGCAUUUCUUUACGGUCAGGAAGUGUUCACAGCGGCAAACUACUACUUUGUCGUGCCACUGUUUGCGCCUUUUAUUGGCUGUUUUGUGGGUGCGUCGGUGUACGAUUCAUUUCUCUACGAGGGUUCCGGAUCGCGCAUUGCAGACGCCCUAGACAAAGCAGCUGAUCGAAAUGGCGAGCUUCGAUUGGAUUAA